AUGGCGAGUCCUGUCCAAGCUAUCCCCAGCGUGAAGCUGAAUGAUGGUGUUUCCAUCCCGUUGCUGUCAUACGGCACAGGAACCGCCUGGUUCAAACAGGGUGGAGACAAUGACAUUGAUCGCUCUCUGGUCGAUUCCAUCAAGACCGCGAUCAAGCUGGGCUAUCACCACCUCGAUGGCGCCGAAGUCUACAACACCGAACGGGAGCUUGGUCUUGCCAUUAAAGAGAGUGGCAUCGAGCGGGAAAAGCUGUUUGUGACCACCAAGGUCAUCGUCAACAUUGCAGAUAUCCCGAAGGCCAUCGAUGCCAGCUUGGAGAAGCUCCAGUUGGACUAUGUUGACUUGUACUUAAUCCACGCCCCCUUCUUCGCGAAGUCCGAGAGUGAGCUCCAGCAGGCGUGGGCUGCGAUGGAAAAGGUCAAGGCAUCCGGCAAAGCGCGGUCCAUUGGCGUGUCCAACUUCCUGCAGAACCACAUCGAAACCCUCUUGAAGACCGCCCAAGUGCCUCCGUCCAUCAACCAGAUCGAGUUCCACCCCUAUCUGCAGCACGGAAAUCUGGUUCCCUUCCACCAACAGAAGGGCAUCGCCACCGCCAGCUAUGGGCCACUUACUCCCAUUACCCGCGCCAAGGGCGGUCCUCUGGACGGCCUCUUGUCGAAGCUAGCCCAGAAGUAUGGGGUCACCGAGGCCGAGAUCCUGCUGCGGUGGACCAUGGACCGCGGCUGUGUUGCCAUUUCGACCAGCAGUAAAGAAGAACGGCUGAGCAGCUACCUGCGGGCUUUGAGCUUUAAACUGACGCCCGGCGAGGUGGAGGAGAUCUCGGCCACAGGCGAACAGAAGCAUUUCCGAGCCUUCUGGCAGGACAAGUUCGGGCCGGAUGACCGUUCCUAG